CCCAGACCCACAGUUUCGAGUGCAAUCCAGUUCCUCCAGGCCGAUCGCAAUGUUCAAUAUCAAGCUAAUCAUCCUGGUUGCCCUGACCAUCUCCAUGGUUCAGAGUUGUUGCAUCGACGAGCCCGAGCAGGGUAAUUGCGGAUGUGGAAAGUCCCAGUGCUCCUCAUGUGGACACGUCAAGUCCUGUGGAUGUGGAUGCAAACCUUGUCGUUGUCCCUCAUCUGGUGGCGGUGGCUGCCAGGGUUAGACCAGGAAUUCAGACCAGGACAUGCGCAAGCGGCACAAAGGACUCUGCCCACAUUGAACCAUUGUUUUUAAAAUUAUUUGUUUUUAACUUUCAUUAAAGUGUAGUUACAUUUUGCAAA